AUAAAGCUAAGGAAGGUGUAUCCGAAGGUCCUAACCUAGUUGAAAAAGGCAGUAGCCAAACUCUUUUUUCUGCUCAGAUUACAGAAAGAAGCUUUCGUCAUCGUCAGCUCCUUAUGAUCACAAGAAGUAGUUUGGUUUUCCCAAAACAAUGGAAAAGAAGUGAAUUGAACGACCUCAUAGAACGACCGCAGUUGGAGAAUGAAUAUUCCGAUAUCGACAGUCAUUUGUUUCCUUAUACCGAAGUUUCGCAACGCAACGACCUCAACAGGAUUUUCAUCUACAUGGCCACGAAGUUAUUCGGCAAGCACGCGUUUCCUAUGCCUGAGUUGUGUUAUUUUUUAUGCACUUUGAAGAAUAAUUACUACAAAACCGAGUACCACAACUAUUGCCAUGCAGUCAGCCAUGCUCAGUCCAUGUAUUGGAUUCUAAGAAAGAACCCAGGUUACUUUACAGAGCUAGAGAUGAAGGCUUUAAUGAUAGCUAGCAUCGCCCACGACACUGGACAUCCAGGUGUGAAUGAACAAUACUUGAAGAAAGUCAACUGCACACUAGGCAGAAUGUACCACACUCCGAUCGUAGAAAAUCACCAUAUAGAGAUUUGUUUCCUCAUAUUGCAGGACAUCAAUUGCAAUGUCUUCUGUGAUCUGGAUGGCGAUGAUUACAAAAAGGUACUGGCUGAACUCAAACAUGCUAUAUUAUCGACAAAUUUAAACAGAUAUAAAAACCAGUGUGAGAAUCUUCGCCAUUUCAUCGGAUCGGAUCUUGACAUGCAACGAGAAGAUGUGAGGGAUGCUGUAAAAUCAGUGUUGAUGAUGACUUGCGAUUUAUGCGCCAACUGGAAGCCAUGGCCAGUGCACAAGAACGCUGUUUGGAGUUUGUACAAGGAGUUCUUUAAGCAGGUAAAGAAAAUAGUACCAGUCUGA